AGCUCGCAGGCUUUCUUUGAGCCUCGCCUGCCAUGUCCGAGGUUGAAGCGGCGGACAAGCGGCUGCGCUCGUGGCUGAGAAAAUCAGGGAGGCCUGCCAACUACGGGAAGAACUAUGGAGCAGUCGACGACGAGGACGAGUAUGACAACGUCAUGCGCAAGGCUGAGGGCGAGGAGGAUCCAGAGGACAACAUCCCGAGCACAGCCGUCCGUAUGGCCAAGAGAUUCCGCAGGUUCAUGUGUGCGCUGCUGGGUGGGAUCGUGGCGAUCGCUGUGGGUGCUCUGCUUGCGUAUGUGUACAUCCGAUCGGCCCCUGAUGACAUCUCCUUCGUCACCAUCGGUGACUGGGGUUGUGGACCUGACAACUGCAAUGUUCCAAAGGCUGCGCCGCAGGGGUUCCAUCAUGGCAGCGAGCACCAGCUCAAAGUCUCUGAGGCCAUGGCAACAACGGCAAAGAACAUCGCGAGCAAGUUCGUGUUAGCGCUGGGGGACAACUUCUACUGGCGGGGAGUGCAGUCGGUUGACGAUCCUCUCUGGAAGUCCGUGUGGGAGGAUCGGUUCCAGCAGGAAAGUCUGCGGACGCCCUGGUAUGCCAUCCUGGGCAACCAUGACCACUACGGGAACCCUGAGGCGCAGAUUGACUUUGCAAGAGAAGACAGAGAUUGCAAGGUCUUCAAGCACUGCCCGAGCAGGUGGAUCCUGCCGAGGUACUGGUACAGCAAGCUCCUCUCCUCCUCCCAGAGGUCGUUCAGCGCGCUCUUCGUAUUCCUCGACACCGUCAUCAUCGCCGAGGGCUCCUCCGCCGACAUCGCGCGGGAGAAGGCGAGCCUGGGUCAGCUCUCCAACGACGACCUCAAGAAGUGGGAGAGCUGGGCGGAGCAGCGGCGAGUGAUGGCGAAGCUCCAGCUGCAGUGGCUCGAGCACACGCUCAACAGCAGUAAGGCGGACUGGAUCGUGGUGGCCGGUCACUACCCCAUCUUCUCUGGCGGAGAGCAUGGGAACACUCCCGAGCUGCAGGAGGUGGUGAAGCCUCUGCUGGAACGAUACAAGGUGGAUGCGUACCUAUGCGGCCAUGACCACACGCUGCAGCACCUGAGGUCCGACGGGAUCGACUACUUCGUGUCCGGGGCCGGGGCCCUCCAGGGGGAGUACACGCCACUGGCUGAGAGCCUCUUCGGAACGAUUGAGAACGGCUUCAUGGCGCACAGGAUCGGGCCAGACAGGAUGGACGUCAGCGUCAUCAGCGGAUCCGGUCGGACCCUCUACCGAGCCUUCAUCCGAAGGAGGAGGAAGCUGCACGAGAAGCCCAAGGAGGGAAAGAUGGAGGAGGAGUGGGACGAGGGCGAGAAAGACCUCGAGGACGUUCCUCGUAGCGUGUUUCGUAUCAUCUGAAGGAAGGGAGGGCAAGGUU